AUGGCAGUUGUACGAUGCAGCAAUGCCUGCACAGGGAUUACGCCUCGCAGGACGAGGCAGCAGCAGCGGCCCUGCCACCAUGACCAGGCCCGCACUGCUACUGCCACCGCCCCAACGCCUCAGCGGCCGCCCGCAGCUGACGGCAGCACGGGCCUGAAGCGCGACCGGGAACGCACCAGGGAAACGCAGCCAGCGGAGGCAGCCCAGGGGUCCGGCAACACCCCUGAGGCCACUGAGGUGGCGGGGCCCGGAAGGCCACGGGGAGUAAGGGAAGCCGUCCCGCCACAGCCAAUAAAUAGGCCUUCCUACCCUGACAGACAGACGGUAAGGGCGGUGGCAGCCAAUGAGAGAGCAGAUAGGCACGCAGGCGGGAGACGCGAGAACCCAAUCGAAAAACUCUUCGGCCCCGAGAGGGUGGGAACAAGAGUGGCAGUCGAUAUGGAGUUUGCCAAAAACAUGUAUGAGUUGCACAAGAAGGUGUCUCCUAGCGAGAUCAUCUUGGGCUGGUAUGCAACAGGUCAUGACAUCACGGAACACUCUGUCCUGAUCCACGAAUAUUACAGCCGGGAAGCGCACAAUCCAGUCCACCUCACUGUGGACACAAGUCUCCAGAAUUCACGCAUGAGCAUUAAAGCCUAUGUCAGUGCCCCAAUGGGAGUCCCUGGUAAAACUAUGGGCGUGAUGUUCACACCUCUAACAGUGAAAUAUGUUUAUUAUGAUACAGAGCGGAUAGGAGUGGACCUUAUCAUGAAGACUUGUUUUAGCCCUAAUCGAGUGAUUGGCUUAUCCAGUGACUUACAGCAGGUGGGGUCAGCAUCAGCCAGGAUUCAGGAUACCCUGACCAUGGUGCUCCAGUAUGCAGAGGAUGUAUUGUCUGGCAAAGUGGCUGCUGACAACACUGUCGGGCGAUUCCUGAUGGAUCUUAUUAACCAGGUGCCAAAGAUUUCACCAGAGGACUUUGAGACAAUGUUGAACAGCAAUAUCAAUGACCUACUGAUGGUAACCUACUUGGCAAACCUCACACAGUCACAGAUUGCUCUCAACGAAAAACUUCUGAGUUUAUAAAGAAACUCCUGCCACCCUACACUUCAAAGAGUCUGAAGAAUGAGCAGAUACACUUUUCUAUGGUGGUGUUACAAAUUUCCUUGGACCGUAAUUUAAUUACCUAGAUGGCUUGGUUUACAUCUUUAUUUCCAUUGCCCUGAAAAAUCCCUAACGUGGUUUAGGAAAUGAAUGGGAACAGCUGCAGUUUAGUUGAGCCCAGUAUUUUAAAAUGGAAUAGGUGAAUCUUUUGUCCCCUGGGUUUACCUACUUGUAUAACAAAAUGCAGCUUUAUUGUAAGAAUGUAUUUGAAAUAAAAAUUUCAUUGCAAUGGCAAGAA